AUGAAAAGAAAUCUCGAAGCCGAAGCCGCUGUUCACGACGCCCUGCGAGAGUUACCCGAGAAGGUCCGGAAGAUACAAGAAGGAGAGGAACAGCCGGAGGAUUCCCCGGAGCCUGCUUUCAUCAGUCCUAGCACAGAGCGCCCCAACCGGGAAGCCCAGUUAUAUGAUAGACAAUUGAGGCUAUGGCAGAGCUCAGGCCAAAAACGGAUCGGAAAGGCAGCAGUGAAGAUAUGUGAUUGUUCGGCUACAUCAUCACAGAUCGCCAAGAAUUUGAUUUUAUCAGGAGUAAAAUGUCUAGACAUGUUUGACGAUCAACAAGUCCGAAAAGCAGACAUAGGCCAUCACUUUUUCUUGGACCAAGAAAGCUUGGGUCGAAAUCGAUCGAAAGAAUGCUGCCGGUUGCUUGGCGAACUACCCCCACCUUAUAAAGGAGCUGACUACAACGAAGAACUGCUCGACGCGAAUUACUUCGAGGGAUUUGACGAUUUACAAGGAUUCGACGGCUGGCAAGCACACAUCUGCGUCCGAUUGAUCAGCGAUCAUGAAGAGGUGACCAGUAGGUACUGCUGGGACUUCAACGUACCCACGAUAUUGGUCCAGACUUGCGGCUUGGUUGCAAUGAUCCGGACCCAUAUUCGAGAGAAAGCUGUGAUCCCAACCGAUUCAAACUCUUCUUCUAUCGAUCUGCGCCUCGAUUGUCCCUUUCCAUCAUUAUCCGAAUUUGUAAACUCAUUCGAGAUGGACAAGAUGGACAAUCGUGACCAUGCUCACAUCCCAGCGGUUGUGAUCGUCAUCCACUUUUUAGACAUCUUCAAAUCAAAACAUCACGGGAAUUUGCCUGCAACCCCCGCUGAACGGGAUGAGCUGAAGGAAAUGAUCUUGGCCGAGAAGAGAAAUGCCGAUGAAGAAAACUUCGAUGAAGCGGUUGAGAUGAUUUGGAAAGCCUGUCAACCAACCAAAGUGCCCGAACACAUUGAAGAAUUAUUCAAGAAUCCUCAUUGUGAUAAAAUACCCUGGUUUGACGGCAGAUUUUGGCUACUAGUGAAAAGUUUACAAGCAUUUGUAAAGCAGAAUGCCAACCACCACUUGCCUUUGCCCGGAGUCCUUCCGGACAUGAAGUCCGAUACGAAAAACUAUACCAAGUUGCAAUCAAUAUAUCGCCAACAAGCUUCGGAAGACUUAGAAACAUUCAACAACAUUAUGCGAGACACCAGACAAUCAAUUCGGGAAGAAUCUACAGAAUUCGAGGAGAAUAUAACGCGUUACGGAUAUGCCGAAGAACCGAAGGAUCUGAUCCCCAAGUUUACGAAAGAGUGCGAGCCUGGGAAUGUCGAAUAUGUCGUACAUUGGUACUUGGCAUUCGCAGCCCUGUCUGCCUACAGAUCAGUGAACAUGGGUGAAUAUCCUGGGAUGCGGAAAGGACAAGAACAAGAAGAUUUCGAUAGACUUUCAAAGUUUGCACUCGGUUGGUUAAAACAUCGCGGAUGGGUUAACCUGGGUGAUGAUGAGAAUAAAGUGCCGGGAAAACUGGAGAAAGUAUUGAAGGAAAUGAUCCGGUCCGCUGGAAGUGAAUUACCUCAUAUUGCGAGCUUGGUGGGAGGAUUGGUUGCUCAAGAAGUCAUCAAACUGACUACGGGACAGUACAUACCCAUGAACGGGAUUUGUAUCUUCGAUGGUUAUAGAUCUACCACCGGAAUUCUAGAGUUCUAG